AAAAGAGACGCAGAAAAAGAGAGAGAGGGAGGGAGGGAGAGAUAGAGAGAGAGAGAGAGAGAUAGAACAAGAGGCAGAGACAAGACGACGGGCAGACCUAACAGUCAUAUCUGCGAGCACAAGAAAGUAAAGAGGUUAGGGAAUAAAAAAAAAAGAGAGGACAAGGACAAAUACAGAGAGAAAACACUGAAGGCAAGCUGAAAGCUGCAGGGACGACAAGGAGGAGCUGGUACUCUCUAAAGGUUGUGAGAAAAGAGGAGUCCGCAAGAUUUAUGAGUCAUCUGGAGGCUUAAGGUAAAGACGGCAAAAGAAGAAGUGUUAAAGAGAAGGACUUUGGUUGUGUAAGAUCUUAGCAUAUAUGUGACUCAAGUUUUUAAACAAAUUAAGAGUUUGAUGGAGGAAAAGGACACACCGGACUGCCGUGCUCUCACACCUCUCUGCACAUUCCCACACAUGUAAACUGCAGCUGUGCUCAAUCUCCUACGGAACGAAUAUUGAUGGCCACCUUUCCCUCUGCCUCUUCUUUUCCCUUAGCUCUUUCAGACUCCACAUCGUCUAACUCCUCUCUGACUUCGUCGUUCCCUGUUUCGAUGUCGCUCUUCCUCUCUGCCACCUCCCUCCCCAACCCCUCCUCACCUUUCUUCAUCUCCACUUCUUCAGCUAACACUGAAAAUCAGACUACCUCAUGUUCACUUGAUGACCCGGCCCUAAAUCUGGUGCUGGUAGUCCUAUACUCCCUGUUCUUCCUCUUUGGGCUCGUGGGUAACCUCUUCGCCCUCUGGGUCUUCCUUUUCCUGCAUUCAAGCCACAACUCUGUGCGAGUCUUCCUCAUCAACUGUGCCGUGGCUGAUCUGGUCCUCCUGGCCUGUCUGCCUUUCAGGAUUUUCUACCAUCUUAAUGGAAACAAGUGGGUGCUAGGAUCUUUAACCUGCAAGAUGGUGGGGAAUCUGUUUUACAUGAACAUGUACAUCAGUAUUACACUGCUGGGGCUCAUCAGCUUGGACAGAUACUUGAGGUUAAAGGGGAAGGUAAGAGCAAGGAGAGGAAUGAAGCUAACGCUGUGGGGGUACAGCUGGCCGUGGAGCUGGGUGGCGUGCGGCGCUCUGUGGGGUCUGUCACUGGUGGGGCUGGUGCCCAUGAUUGCCAUGGAAGAGGACACGGAGCACAGUGACAAAUGCUUCCAGUACAAACAGCGUAGCACCAAAGCCAAAGGAAAAGCCUACUUCAACGCUGUGCUGGUGGUGUUUUUCUGGCUCGUCUUCACCAUGAUGGUGGUCUCCUAUGCUAAGAUUGCUUCACAGUUGCUGAGGGUGUCACAGGACAAGCCGGACCUUCCCAAUGCACAGAAAUACAAACGUACUGCCAAGAAGUCCUUCUUUGUCCUCUUCCUGUUCACGGUGUGCUUUGGGCCCUACCACGCCUUCCGUCCCUUCUACAUCCUCUCCCAGCUCAACAGAACAGUAUCUUGCAAACACUUGCAGCUGGUGGACCGUACCAAUGAGAUGAUGUUGUUAUUUUCUGCCUUCAAUAGCUGUUUGGACCCUGUCAUGUACUUCCUGUUAUCUGGCUCAGUGCGCAAAGCUGCCGUCCAAGCACUCGGCCACCGGCUUGGCAACCGGCUUCUCUUCUUCAACGACGGGACAUCUAACAGCUCGACUGCAGAGCUCAGACGACAGACUAUGCCAGCGUCUUUACCCAACACCCCCUCAGUCACCCCGAGGACAAGUAUCUGCAUCAUCAACUCAACCUUCCGCCGCACAGGACUGACUACAGUUCCACCUACUGGCCAACAGUGAUCACAAAUAACGAAAGCCUGACCAUGGGAGAAUUAAUUAUGUGAUAUUUUUAACAUAUGGUUGGAAAAUUCUCUGUUAAAUUGAGCAUUUCUGAACAAACCAAUUUAUAUUCUUAAAAAAAAGAAAAUAAAAAUUGUAAUUUUUUUUCACUCUCAAGCUGUUCUUACUGCAUUAGAUUCUGGACAUUUGUGUUUUGUGACAAUCACGGUUCCAGUUGUAGUUUAACACCUGAAUGAAAUACUGACAAUACAGUAAUGUCUGAGGAGAUGCACUUGAGUGACUACUGUGUCUGCAGUUUUUCUAAGAAUACAGGCCAGAAGUUACUGUAAAGAGGGGCUGUUGAUAAUACUGAAACAGGACAGAUAACCACCUUCU